CUAACCAAAGGGUCUAUGCUCUAAGUAAGUUUAGCGUUGUCGGUGUCCCGUGAUCUGUAUGGGUACUAUACUGUCUUCUCCUGCUCAAGCAGAACCUCCAAAUCAUUUGAAAACUAAUGAUCUUGCUGAGGUGCUUGAUUUACUCAGAAGACACGAUUAUUCAGGAGUCAGCUUUUAUAAUCUUGGUCUUUAUCUUGGCCUAUCCUCUGCUACACUGGAUGUUAUCAAAGAGAAUAAUAAAGAAGAUGUUUUAGCGUGUCUGCGGGAGUGUCUCAAAGCAUGGCUGAAGAAAGCUGAUGAUGGAGUAGUGAAGAAAGGUGGUCCAACAGUCUUUUCACUGGUAUCAGCAUUGAGGAAACUAGGAGAGAAGAGAGCAGCUGAAGGAAUGUUAGUUAUGGAAAAGCAUCCUGCUUGUAAAAUUCUUGCUCGUAUCUCAAACCAAUCUCUUGUGUCUGCAUUACCUAAGUUGGCUCCAUUGUUGCAUUCAGAGAUGCAUAUAAAUGAGAUUGUGUGUGUUAAAAAGGAAGAGGAUAUGCUUUUAAUUGAAAUUGUAAAAGCUGUUUGCAAUGAUUCUAAUAAGCUGGAGGUGUUUGCUAGAAUAUUACUUCAAUAUACAGCCACAAUGAAUAUAGGAAACACCAUCAUGAGAGAAUACAGAAAAGCUUAUUAUUGGGAUGAAAGUCAGGAUAAUAAUGCUAAGCAAGAUGAAAUUUAUCUUCCACCAUGCAUAACCUCAAAGUUUAAAUCAAUGCGAGUGAAGCUUUCUUUUACAUUUGAUGAAGUUGAAUUAAUCAUAAAAGCAUGUCCGCCUUUGACACUUGACAAAAUAAAGAAUGCAUUGAUCUAUUACAGUGAAGAUUUAAAGCCUCAAGUAGCUCAGUGUGAUAAUGCUCAUGACAUCUUGGAAUUGGUUAGGAAAGAUUGUUCACUGGAUGAUAUAGAAAUGCUAAAGGCUAUUCAAGGCUAUAUAGAAGAGUUUAGUGAAACAGAGCUUAGUAAAUGCUUGAAUGAAAAGUUUUCAUAUGCUUCACCACUUCAAUGUGAAAGGAUUACCAUUGUCGUUGAUCAAAAUACUGAUGAUUGCACACUGCAUGAUAUCAGGAGAUUAGCAGCUAAUACUUUUCACAAACUAUCACCACAAAAUAGCAGACGCAUCAAGUUAAAUGUCGUUAGAGAUGGCGAUUCUUUCACUAUCACUUGUUCCUUCCCUUUGAUUCUAUCUGAGCAGUUAAUUACAGCUGCUCUUAAUAAUAUUGAUGUAUUGAAAGAAAACAAAGUGAAGAGAUUAACCAUUGGAUACUGCACUGUGUAUGAGGUAAAGGACACCUCCACUGCUACUACAACAGAAAUAGAUGAAUACACCUCAUCAUUAUCAACUAGUAGUGGCUUAUCAAAACAAUUGAUGCUGUCAUUGAGUGUACAACUGAUUAAUAGUAAAGAGGAGGUUACUACUUUAAAUGAGGAAAGUAUGAUAAUGAAGAAAGAAGCAGAGUCAUUAAAAGAAAUGCUGGAUACUAAAAACAAAAUGCUGACUGCCAGUAUAGCAGAGAGUGGGAGGUUAAAAAAAAUAGCAGCUGAGACUAGUCAGUUACUAAAAGAGAAAGUAUCACUAUUAACAGAACGUGAAGAAGUUAAAGUAAAAGAAAUAUUAGAAAAGCAGCUUGCUUUAUUUCAAUCAGAGAAAGACGAAAUCAAACAGUCAGAAAGCGGAUCAAUUGUAGGUACAAUUGAAAAACAUGAUAGAGCAUCUCAUCAGGAAGAGAAUGAGGAUAUACAAAGUAAAGAGGCUGAAACAACUGAAACACUACAGUCAACUCAUAAAACAAUACAGCGACGAAUGGCAUUUGAAAUUGAAAGUUUAAAAAAAGAAUUAAAACAAAAAGAUAAUGAAGUCAAUGAAGUACACGCUGAGAGUAAAAAAGAAAUAGAAUUAUUACAAGAGAAGAUAACAACAAUGAACUGGCAACUAAUCAAGAAAGAAAAACAAAUUCAAGGUAAUUUUAUAAGUUUUAAGCUUAAAAAUUAA